CUGUCAUUGCCUGAGUUGUUAAUGUUAGCCAUUCUGACAGGUGUGAGGUGGUAUCUCAUUGUGGUUUUGAUUUGUAUUUCCCUGAUGAUGAGUGAUGUUGAGCAUUUUUUCAUGUGUCGGUUGGCCAUCUGGAUGUCUUCCUUGGAAAAGUGUCUGUUCAUGUCUUUUGCCCAUUUCUUCACUGGAUUAUUUGUUUUUUGGAUGUUGAGUUUGGUAAGUUCUUUAUGGAUUUUGGAUACUAACCCUUUAUCUGAUACGUCAUUUGCAAAUAUCUUCUCCCAUUCUGUCGGUUGCCUUUUAGUUUUACAGAUUGUUUCCUUCACUGUGCAGAAGCUUUUUAUUUUGAUGAGGUCCCAAUACUUCAUUUUUGCUUUUGUUUUCCUUGCCUCCAGAGAUGUGUUGAGUAAGAAGUUGCUGUCACCAAAGUCAAAGAGGUUUUUGCCUGCUUUGUCCUCGAGGAUUUUGAUGACUUCCUGUCUUACAUUUGGGUCUUUCAUCCAUUUUGAGUUUAUUUUUGUGUAUGGUGUAAGAAAGUGGUCCCAGGUUCAUUUUUCUGCAUGUCGCUGUCCAGUUUUCCCAGUACCACUUGCUGAAGAGACUGUCUUUAUUCCAUUGAAUAUUCUUUCCUGCUUUGUCAAAGAUUAGUUGGCCAUACAUUUGUGGGUCCAUUUCUGGAUUCUCUAUUCUGUUCCAUUGAUCUGAGUGAACCAGCUGUCUGUCUUUCUGUUGUUUCACAGAAUUCGUCUAAGCUGGGUUUGCUUUAAAACUAUGCUGAGACACACGAUUUAGGUGAACUGCAUAUGUGCUUGUGUGAAAUCCGAGCAUCACAUUUGUAGAAUAGGCAACACAGUUUUCCUUUGCAUCUGGCAAGAGGGGUAGAGUGGCUUAAGACUAAAACAGGAAGUCUGCUUCUACUCUUAUGUUGAUACCUGAUUGGGGACCCUGUGUACAUUUCCUCAAUUAGAAAGUGAAGGCAAUUGGCUAUUAGGUUCUCCGGACUCCUUUUAGUUCUAAAAUUCUUUGAUUUCAAUUUUAAUUAUUACUCUUCCACUCAAAAUUGUUGUUUUAAAAAAGUGGUUUGCCUCACAUGAUUAGUCUAUAUUUUUGCACUAAGUUUCUCCUAACAGUCUGUGCCAGGAAUUGAUAAGCUUUGAGAUUUGGAUAGUGUAGCAGCAGAAUCCCUUUGUUGUGACUCUGAGAAAACUUUUUAUAUGCCAAAAUCUGUUCUGUAAGAAAUAGUGUCACAUGGUAAGACACUCGUCCUGAAUUUGAAGAGUGGAAAAUGACAACAGAAUGCCAGUUACACAGGAGUUCAUUCAGCAAAUGUAAACUGAGCAUCAGUAUUAAGUACUUGGGCUGCCAAGACCUUGAGCUCCCAGCUUAGCAUGGAAGGCAGACACACAAAUAUUGAAAUGUCACUGUAAUUAGAAGGACCCUGGGAAAGAUGUGUGCAGAGUGCCAAGAGAGUAACAGAAGCAGUUGCCUCCGUGGAAUGGAAAAUAGGAGAGAUGCACCAGGAAAGACUUCAAGACUUUUUGUACCCGUGGCACUCUUCGUUACAUGAUCAAUCAUAGAAUUUUCAAUAUGAUACAUACACACAGAUCCAUACAUUAACCGAUUUUUUAAAGACCUCCUUAUAUUCCUAAUUACUAUAAUAAUCUUAGUUACCACUAACAACCUACUCCAACUGCCCAUUGGCUGGGAAGGAGUAGGAUUUAUGUCCUUCCUACUUAUCGGAUGAUGGUACGGCCAUUUUAUGUACAAGGAAGCAUAUACCGAGGAACGGACAGAAACCUUGAGGAGAUUGCUGCAGAGAAUCUCUGGUAGUUCUGUUUAUGUCACCUAUUAGAGGCAGAUGACACGCUGAAGUAAUGUGUAUCUAGCUUGGGAAAGUCUGUACGGACUUGAGACCAUCCUAAGCAUUAAGGAGACAUUUUAAGAAAGUAAGGAAGAGCAGCUCCCUUGCAAAGAGGCAGAAGAGGCAUGUUAGACUCUCAAAUUUCUAGUUUGAACACCAUGGAGAAAGGGCGUUGUAGGCAACAAGACAAGAGUGAGGACAAAACCACGAAGAGCCAAGAUAGAGAGUAAAGGGGAUUGUGCUGUUCUUCAUCUGUCGGCCCUUCUUUGGCCCUCAGACUUUCCUAGUGUAAUUGCUGUGGAAGCCCAGGGAGGGUUUCAUACUGUAUCCUAUGGAGUUUGGUCUUUUUCUCUGAGCAGUGAAGAGCAAUUAAGGUUUCCAAACAGAAUAAUAAUGACAGCAGAUUUGCUUCUGUAAGACUCUAAUGGCAACAGAAUGGAAGCUAGAUUACAGGGCCCAGGAUCUUGGCAGAGACCCUCAGAAUACUACUACUGAGGACUGUGGGAACCUAUAUUAAGCCCAGAGCAGAAGGGAUGUAGAGAAGGGGAUGGAGCUGAGAGUCACUGAGUUCCAAUAAUGACAACAAUGAUAUUAGCUGAGAUUUAUUGAGGGUACCAGAUGUCUGGUUUAAGUUCCUUAUAUUUACUAACUCAUUGAAUCCUCACAACAGCCCCAUGAAGUGGGCACUAUUAUUAUUAUCUGUGUUUAUAGAUGAGAGAACUGAAGCACAGAGACAUUAAAUAACCUGGUGCCAGUGAGGGCAGUUUGGGAAUGUGAACCAAAGCAAUCUAUUUCUAGAGUCCAUACUUUGUAAUCGCCAUAUUGUCUUGCCUCUGAAUCAGUAAGCAUCUGUAAGAUGUGAUGAAGAGUUGGAUGUAGAUGAUGAAGGGAGAAGAGCCAUCGAUGAUGACUGCUAGGUUGACCAGGAGGUUGGAGAUACCACUCACUGAGAUAGGAGGACCAGAGGCAUCUGGUGGAAUGAUAAUUUUGGGAAAAUACCAAGUUUCCAGGUUCUUGUGGGGCAUUCAGCUGGUAGCAUCCAGAAGGCAUUUGGAUAUACCACUGAUCCUUGAACAACCUGAGGGUUAGGGGCACUGAUCCCUCACCGUGCAGUCAAAACACCUUGUAUAACUUUUGAGUCCUCAAAAACUUAACUGCUAAUAGCCCACUGUUGACUGGAAGCCUUUCCAAUAACAUAGUUGACUAGCACAUACUCUGUGGGUUAUAUGUAUUAUUUACUGUAUUUUUAUAAUAAAGUAACCUAAAGAAAAAAUGCUAUUCAAAUCACAAAGCUAAGUCAGUGAAGCAUCUGACUUCGGCCCAGGUCAUGAUCUCAUGGUUUGUGAGUUUGAGCCCCCCAUUGGGGUCUCUGCUGUCAGCGCAGAGCCCACUUCAGAUCUUCUGCCUCUCUCUCUCUCUCUCUCUCUCUCUCUUUGCCCUCCCCUGCUCAUACUCUCUCUCUCUCUCUCUCUCUCUCUCUCAAAAAUAAAUAAAAACAUUUAAAAAAAAAAGAAAAUCAUAACGAAAAUACAUUUAUAGUACCAUACUGUUAAAAAAUCCACCUAUAUAUGGGCCCGCACAGCUCAAACCUGUGUUCUUCAAGGGUCAUCUCUGACCCUAUCAGUUAACCCUUCAAGGGUCGACUAUGGACUUGGAGCUCAGGAUGGGUCUGUGCUUGGCAGUGAUGUAUAACGCUAACUACAACUAGUUUUAUUAGGACAAACUAGUGAAUUGGCGAAGCUGAAUUUGUUUUUAGUGACCCUUUCAUCAUCAUCCUCUAUCUGAAGGGCUGGGUAGAACUUUAUGCCCCUUCUGCAUCUCUGUAUAGGUACAUGCAGCACAUAUAUUGGGGAAGGAACUCCUUUAUCAGCGUGAGUGGGAAUAGUCCAAGGAACCCCAAAGUUGUUGGAUUUUUUGUAAUGAAGACAGCUCCACAGCAUAUAACAUCCACGUUUACAAAACGGGAGUGAUUAAAUACUAGCAUCUCUCUUGCAUCCAACUUUGCAUUCCAUUUUAUUUACAAUUAAAAUAGAAAUGUUCUCUGCCUAUCUUUUCCAAGAGUGUGGUUGCCUGAUGGUCCUUUGAAUUGGAUGAACAAGAUGGUGGUUUCAACCCUAGCCAGGGCGACAUGAUCAGGAACAUGGGAUCCAAAGAACAGAGGAAUCACUGGGAGCCCAUGCCCAUUGGUAGCAGGAGGCAUCAUCCUAAGAGGAGAAUGCAUAGAAGGGCUGCGGGAAAAUGACUACCUUCUGAUUCAUUCGUGCCGUCAGUGGACCACUAUCACUGCCCACAGCCUGGAGGAGGGGCACUACGUCAUUGGGCCAAAGAUAGAGAUUCCGGUACAUUAUGCAGGGCAAUUCAAGCUGCUGGAACAAGACCGGGAUAUAAAGGAGCCAGUGCAAUAUUUCAACAGUGUGGAGGAGGUGGCUAAAGCAUUUCCUGAACGCGUGUACGUCAUGGAGGAAAUAACAUUCAACGUGAAGGUUGCCUCGGGUGAGUGCAACGAGGACACCGAAGUUUACAACAUCACCCUCUGUACUGGGGAUGAACUCACUCUAAUGGGGCAGGCAGAAAUCUUGUAUGCAAAGACUUUCAAAGAAAAGUCACGACUCAACACAAUCUUCAAAAAGAUUGGGAAACUCAAUUCCAUCAGUAAGCUGGGCAAAGGCAAAAUGCCCUGCCUCAUUUGCAUGAAUCACCGGACCAAUGAAAGCAUUAGCCUUCCAUUCCAGUGCAAGGGCAGAUUUAGCACCCGGAGUCCCCUGGAGCUUCAGAUGCAGGAGGGCGAACACACCAUCCGCAACAUUGUGGAGAAAACCAGGCUCCCCGUGAAUGUGACUGUGCCCAGCCCUCCCCCCAGGAACCCCUACGACCUCCACUUCAUCCGUGAGGGGCAUCGCUACAAGUUUGUGAACAUCCAGACCAAGACAGUGGUGGUUUGCUGUGUGCUGCGGAACAACAAGAUCCUCCCCAUGCACUUCCCUUUGCACUUGACCGUCCCCAAGUUUAGCCUCCCAGAACACUUGGUGAAGGGAGAAGUGUGGCCCGAAACCCUGGUCCAUCACUGGCUGGGUAUCUGCCAGGAACAGUUCGACAUCGAUGAGUAUUCCCGGGCUGUCCGAGACGUGAAAACUGACUGGAAUGAGGACUGCAAGAGCCCCAAGAAGGGCCGGUGCUCUGGCCACAACCACGUGCCCAAUUCGCUUAGCUACGCUCGCGAUGAGCUCACCCAGUCCUUCCACCGGCUCUCCGUCUGUGUGUAUGGCAACAAUCUCCAUGGCAACAGCGAGGUGAACCUUCAUGGCUGCAGGGACCUAGGGGGAGAGUGGGCCCCCUUUCCUCAUGACAUCCUGCCCUACCAGGACCUGGGUGACAGUGGGAGCGACUACCUUUUCCCGGAAGCCAGUGAGGAGUCAGCAGGCAUCGCAGGCAAGUCAGAACUCCCGUACGAAGAGCUCUGGCUGGAGGACGGCAAGCCCAGCCAGCAGCCCCUCACUCGUUCCCUGAGCGAGGAGAGCAGAUGCGAUCAGCCCAGAGGUUCUGUCCGGUCCAAGUGCGCAGCCUCUCCUCUUCCUGCCCCCGGAGCUCUGGGAGCGGCAGUGAAGUCUUCAGAGAUCGCCCUACCUCCGCCUCCAGUGCCUCCCAAAUCUGAAGCCGUCAGGGAAGAGUGCCGGCUCCUGAACGCCCCUCCUGUUCCACCCCGAAGCGCAAAGCCUUUGUCCACAAGCCCCUCCGUCCCUCCUCGUGCAGCCAAGCCAGCGCGGCAGCAGACUCGCUCUCCCAGCCCCACCUUGUCCUACUAUUCUUCAGGGCUGCACGACAUCAGCGUUCCUAAAAGUGACACCGGGCCUUCUGAGAGUGCUCCCGUGUCCUGCUAUCCCUGUAACCGAGCAAAAGCCGAUUCCGUGGACCCCAAGUCCCCGACGGGCAGUCCUUCUGCUGAAACCCUUUCCUCCAGGCUCUCGUGGCCCAACCACUAUUCGGGAGCGUCGGAGAACCAGAGCAGGGGGGACUUCCUGCCGGGGCCAAGCAGGAGUUACAGUUACCCCAGACAGAAGACGCCAGGCACACCAAAGAGAAACUGCCCAGCACCCUUUGAUUUUGACGGCCAUGAGCUCUCGGCCAGCCCCCCCGGCUCGGUCACUUCAGAAUUCAGUGGCGGCGUCUCUGCCUGUCCCAAGUCAGCCAGCUACUCUGUGGAGAGCACAGAUGCGAAAACACUGGCCGCGGACACAAGCAAGCAGAGUAUCUCGUGCCCUGCCUUACCCCCCAGGGCCCCAAAACCGGUGGAAGAGAAAGCCGCCUCGGACACUUCUCCUUUGCCUCUGAAAAUUGAUGGUGCUGAGGAAGACCCCAAGUCCGGGUCACCGGACCUCUCCGAAGACCAGUACUUUGUUAAAAAGGGCAUGCAGGACAUCUUCUCCGUCUCCUACCCUUUCUCGUCUCCGCUUCACCUCCAGCUGGCCCCCAGGUCCUGUGGCGAUGGCUCCCCGUGGCAGCCACCCGCUGACCUGUCGGGACUCUCUAUAGAGGAAGUGUCCAAGUCGUUACGGUUUAUCGGUUUGUCUGAAGAUGUCAUAUCGUUCUUUGUUAGCGAAAAGAUCGACGGGAAUUUGCUCGUUCAGCUAACGGAAGAAAUCCUCUCGGAGGAUUUCAAAUUGAGCAAACUGCAGGUGAAGAAAAUAAUGCAAUUCAUUAAUGGCUGGAGGCCCAAAAUAUAGCCAAACAACCCCAGCUAGCAUUGGACGAAACUGAUGUACGUGUGUGCCAGAGGGGGUGCGCUGGGACACAAUUCCAUGUUUUUUGCACUAAAAACCUUCUCUGUAAAUAGGGAUAAGAGACACUCCUACUAUGCAGAUUACAUUUUUGAAUGGUGAACAGGCUAUUUUGUACAUCAAUAAAAAUGCUGUACAGAACACUUAGAGGUGUGCCUUGUACAUCACUCAACACUCAACAGCUGCUAAAAGACAAAAGGCAUGUUCAGAGAGAGAAUUCUUACCCAAGUAGGUUUAUGCGAGAAGGUAUGGUAUUUAUUACAAAAUAGCCAAAGCUGAAAAAAAAACAUAAGAAUCAAAAAACAAAAACAAAAACAAACAACACUUUUGAACAACAGUUCUCUCCUUUGGGAAAAUCGACUUUAGACAAUUAACUAUUCUGUGCUCUGUCGUUUGGAUUGCUCAGUGCUAAUUGUUUUACUCUUGUGCCUGAAAAUGUUAGUGAUAUGAAAUGACACUUUACUGUUUGUUAUAUGCUCGGUGGGGAUCUUUUCAUCAAAAGGCAUUUUCCAAAAGUCAUAUGUUGAUAGAAGGUGUAUGACGUCCUUAGAAAUAAUACAAAUUAUGACCACAAUCAUUUAUCUGUAACUGCUGCUAAUUUUCUCGAGCAGUGGAAGAAAAGAGCAGAACAUAUACAUAUAUGUGUAUAGAUGUAUACACAAUGCAAACAUGUUUUAAGCAUCAUUAUUAGUCUGAUGUUUUAGAUAACAUCUGUUCACUUUCAAAUAUCGAUUGAGGUUUGGGGCCAUUAAUUAGGUUGCCUCUUAGGAAGAGUGGGCAGAAUGAUUCCAAAGAUUCUCAGAACCCUUUCCCUUGACGCUCAGUCUUACUGGUCUUCAUCACUGAAAGCAUAGAGGAAAUCAGUAGAGUGUCUGUAUUGAAGAAUUACAUUUGAUUGUAAGCCCAUGUGGGGUAGUUUGCAUAUAAUACUCGCAUGCUGGUGUCUGGGAAAACGACAGUGUCUUGUCAAAGGAUUAUUUGUCUCCUGUUUGAGGGUCUUAUAUUCCUGGUGUCCAACAGUGAGAGGUCUGAAAAGCAUUUCUCAGAGCGUGUUAGGUGUUCUCAACGUGCUUUGUGCUUCACCAGAGCUCAGAAAUCAUACGAUCUUCUGUUAUUGUGCGUGCUAGAUAUGUUGAGUAAUUUUUUAAAGUAUCAGUAAGUACUUAUUUAGUUCAUAAGCCUCUUCUUUCCUCUCUUCCAAAGAAAAUGUAUUAUUACCAUACUUUUAUUAUUGAGGAUUCCAGGACAUGAUUCUGACAGGUUUUGCCAAAUGUGAUUAGAUAUUCCAAACUAUAAUGUCCUCGUCAUCAUUCUUGACUUUUUGAAGGAAUGUAUAUCUUAGGAAAGCUAGAGUUCUCCGAGCAAGCCGUCAGCCAUAGCCCUGUCUCCCCCCACAUUGAUUCUGGAUGUGCAGACAUCUGUGACUGAGGUCAGCCAACCAGGUGCCAACAUGACUUCAGGGUUGGCUUCUUGUUAUCUAUUCAUCCCACUGACCAACAUAAGUAAACAAAUGUAAAGACAAGACCCACAAUAAGGCAACAUGCAAGAUGGCUUUAUUUCUUGACGUUAAAGAUGCUUAAUCCAUCUCGUGGUAUAGAAUUGAGGUGAAUUGAUGCGUCUUCUCAUUUGCCAUCAUAAAUCUUCUCUUUUUUUUUUUUUUUUUAAAGGGGCAUUUUUCCCCCAUAACAUUUCUCCCAAAAUGUAAAUACUCUGGGUAGAAUGACCCCAUAAGGAGAGUAUCUUGUAAAAUUCGUCAUACUGGAGUGCCCCUCCAGGAGUAACUGAAAUAUUUAUUACAAAGGAGUUUCUGGUACCGCACUCACAUGACAAGAGACCCUCAGUGACUUUGCCGGUUAGAAAACAUCCUUCUGUAUAAGCCACCACUUCCGUAGCAACAUUAACCUCUCAGAAACUUCCUUGAAAACAAAAACAGACAGGAUGCAGUUGAAAAGCUGCAUUUUUUUUCUUUAACAAAUCCUCACGGAAUCUGCUUUUAAACGCCUGACCCCUGGACACAAUUCUCAAAUUCAGGCAGGAGGAACCGACUGGCUUUGGGUUUACUAUGAAGGUUGCCCCACAUACACAAAUGACCCCUUUUAUGUUUCUCUUUUUGUUUUUUCUUUUCCAAGAACUUGACACAAAUAGUUUCUGUGUUCUGUCUUGGCAUAUUUAUAUCGAGUUUAUAUUGGUGGCAAUGUAGAGACUGCUUGGAGACAGGCACUGUGGCCCUUGGGUCAUGUAUUCAGAUUUGUUGAACACCUCUUAUUGCCAGGAACCAUGCUGUGUGACUCGACAAUACUAAAAAAAAAAAGAUGUGGCUUGUGCCCUCUUGGAGCUCCUAAUGUUUAUAUUUAAAAUCACAGUUGCUGAGACUGCAUAUGUGUGACGAAAAGAGACAUGAAAUCUUCUGGGCAGUUGGAUGUAUGGAGAGUUAAGUGUGUUAUGUCUUGAAAGAAUCCACAGAUGGAAGAAAUGGCAGUCUCCAUUAAAGGGAUAAAAAAUAAACACCAUGAGACCAUUAAAAUUUGGAAUAUGUUGGAGGCAGAAAGUAUCUCGGACUACCACUGGCUAGUGUUCUCUUUUACUGAUUGGCAACAUUUUUAACUGUAAUAUCUUCUGGCCUCUCUAAAGGCACAAAUAAAGGUAGCCGCCAUUACUGAGCUGAACCCUUGUCUGUAGAGGACCUCGGCACCCUGACUAGAUGAGGCAUGCACUGCUAGAGAGAAUCAUGGCCAGAAAGGCAGUGUGGGAAUAGGGUGGAACCGGCCUUUCCCUUCUGAGAGCUGCAGUUUUGCAGUGAAAAAACGAUGCAUAGAGAUCCCCAGAUGCAGAAUCUUUUCUAACCAACCAAGUCAAGAUUGAGUACAUCUUCUAGCAGGUUCCCUGCCGUCAGGGCAGUAACCAUGGGGCUUAGGGGAAAGUGCCUGUCUAAACAGGACCCUGUUUGGGGUUUACAUUCAUGGCCCCCAUCAAAAAAGAAAAUCAGCAAUAAGCCAAAUCAAGCAGCUAAAAUGUAAAAAUAUGGACCUAACUCAUGCUGGAAGGGAGAACUCACACCCUCCCAGACCGAUUCUUUCUCAGAAUCUUGUAAACGCCAGCACAUUCUCUCUCUUUUAAGUUGAGCUGCUCAACUUUAUGAACUGUGAAAUUUACAUUUAUACUCUUUCAACCCACAUAUACCAUUCAAGUUUAUGAAGUUGCAGCAAGCCGCCCAUUCGACUGAAUUGCAGUGUUUAUUCUUGUCUCAUGGAGAAAUAAAACAAUCUUACGGGAAACUGUUAUGACAAUCCAUUCCAACUGUUUUCAGACACACACAUAAACACCCUCUGCUCACAUUCCAGAACCACCUGCACAUCAUCCCUACAACUCCUUGAGAAGUUCAGGGGGUGGCUGUGGAUGGAUAGAGGGUCCAUUUUCCAAACACUGUGUAACAAGUCACUACGCGUCAUGCUUAAAGAGUAUGAAGUUAACAUUUUGAAUCACAAACUGGAAAACAAAACAGUUCUCCAAAGUACCUCGUGAACCAUUCAAAGGAAAUUUCUGCGUCAUCCACCAGAAAAGCUAAAUCUGCUGUUGGAUACGUCAAUUCCCACUCUUUUUCUAGUAAUACAAAGGCAACUGGCUGCUAGGGCAGGAAGUGUAGAACACCCAAAGUGCAAAUGACGAGAAGGAGGAUUUUUGCCCUAGGGGGCUGUAAAACUGUGUGUGGAAUUCUCACAGCCGCUUCUUGUCCCAUUGCCGUUUAGUCUUUGAAACCGGGUGUUUUAAAAUUGAUCUCAUGGUGGAAACCAGAAGCAAGGGGUAAACGUGAUUUCAGUUAAACCUAUGUACAAAUAUCUUCUGUAAUUUUGCUGCUCUAAUUUUUAGGCUAUGAAUUUUGUAAUGAGCUGAUCAGAUUACAAAUUUCCUUUGUUUACAAUCUCAUAUAGUAGGGGCUCAGAUCAUUUCUUAGCUAUCAAUCUCUUCUCCCAUUUUCAUACGAAGUUCCAUUUAAAACAUUGUUGAAACUAAGCCUAAAAAUUAAACUCAAUUAAUUAAAAAUGGGGGAGUUUUCCUUGAUUUAAAUGGAAAUGGUAUAUUCUUUUCAAAGAAUUUUGUAACCACCUUUAUAGCUUCUUUGCUUGGAAAACCGAGGGCGUUAACUACCAGUUAACAGUUGUAUUACUUUCCAGAGCAUUAUCUAACGGGCCCAAUGUGUACCUCAAGAUAAACAUGGUAUGUUAUGUCUAAAAAAAUUCAUGGUUGAUUUAAAUGGUUCUGAAAUGUCUAUAAAUAAAGAAAAUUUAAAAGUU